ACUGACUGCCUGGGGAGCUCCAGUUCUUCCCAUCUCGAGCACAAGGGAGGGACCAGGCCCUUCCUACAAAAGGGUGAAGCCAGGAAAAGAUAAGCUUUGGUUUCACUUUUGAACCACGCUGUCAAGUGGGAUAUCUCUGGGACCAUGUCUUCCUCCAUCAAAAUCGAGUCUGUUGUGAAGGAGAAGAACCGGAUGGGAGAGUGCCCAGUCUGGGAGGAAAGGGAGAAUGCACUUGUCUACGUGGACAUCAACUCACAGAAAGUUUGCCGCUGGAGCCCGGUCACCAACGAGGUGCAGAGUGUGUCUGUGGAUGCCCGUGUCAGCUCAGUGGCUCUGCGGCAGUGUGGGGGCUAUGUCAUCACCCUGGGCACCAGGUUUGCCUUCCUGGAUUGGGACACCCAGGAGGUCACCACCAUCCUCGAGCUCGAGCAGGAUAAACCCAACAACAGGUUCAAUGAUGGGAAAGUGGAUCCAAAGGGGAGGUUUUUUGCUGGCACGAUGGCUGAAGAGACGGCGCCAGGAGUCCGAGCGAGGCGGCAAGGAGCUCUCUAUACCCUCUUCCCUGACCACUCAGUAAUAAAACAGCUAGACCAGCUGGACAUCUCCAAUGGGCUGGAUUGGUCCCUGGACCACAGAACCUUCUUCCACAUCGACAGCCUGUCAUACGCCAUCCAUGCCUUCAGCUACGAUGUGCACACUGGAAAGAUUGCCUGCCCCAAGCUUUUGUACCAUCUGGAAAAGGAGGAGCAGAUGCCUGACGGGAUGUGCAUAGAUGCAGAAGGGAAGCUCUGGGUGGCCUGUAUUGAUGGUGGCAGAGUCAUUCGCAUCGACCCGGAGACAGGAAAAAGAAUCCAAACUGUGAGGCUGCCUACUCCAAGGAUCACCUCUUGCUGCUUUGGUGGAAAAGACUACUCAGAAAUGUACGUGACUUCUGCAUAUGAUGGACUGGACGAGGCCACCUUAGCCAAGGAACCUCAUGCAGGAGAGAUUUUCAAGAUAACAGGCCUGGGUGUGAAAGGGAUCCCACAGAAUUUCUAUGCUGCUUGAACCUUGACACUAAACAGCAAAGAAGGAACGCUUCCAUCUUGUAGUAAAUCUGACUGGAAGAAGUCGAAUGAACUACAGAAUUUAUUUGUGUGAAGAGUUCUAAGCCCACAUUUGUGAGUGUGCUUGUUUGGAGUUGAAGAUAUUUCUCCUUCUGUGGGCCUGUGGCUUGAUGCAAUAGGUUAGAGGGGUAAAGUUAAUCUGUGUUACACCUUGGUAGCUUUUGUGACUUUCCAUAAACCUUUAAAUGCUCAAGCAUAGUUUCGCUGAACUUUCUGAUGACCAGCUCUGGAUUUUCAAGUCUGUGCAGUUCCCAAAGCAGAAUCUGACUCCUCAUGUUACAGUGACGCACCAGAAACGAUAUGGCAGAUUUUAAUAAACAUUUUAAAGAGUGAUGUCUUGAACUGGACUGUUCCUCUGCU